AUGAACUAUUUCAAAGCUCUCGUCGACACCGUUCGAGAAAAUAUUCAACCGAAAGAAACUAAACCCCAGAUUUUCUUCGAAAAACAAGAUAGUUCCAUCAAAAAACCCUAUUUCCGCCAAAAGUUCACCAAAGAAAACAAGAACGAGGCAAGUGAUUGGCUGAUGGAUUUGGAGAAGAAUGACACUCAAAAAUUGCGUAAAGUGCUUGAAGAAGCCGGGAUCGAUCGACGGAAUUUUCAGAAAAAGAUCUACUGCAACGAGACAAUGAAAAAAGUGUGGAAGAUUAAGAUUCGAGAAGAAAUCGGCGGGAAAAAGUACUCACAAGCAUUGGAGAAUCUCUUUCAGGGGAAUUGCUCUGACGACGGGCAAAGGAUUGAUCGACAAUACGUGGAAACGGUGAUGGAUGUUGGGGGAGGAGUGAGAUUUUACAAUUAUCUGCUAAUCGAUUCAAGACUUUGUCGAAAAGAUACGAAUAAAGUGGAAUUUGAAGAGUUCAUUGGAGCCGCUUUUUACAUCGGAAAAGGGACAGAGAAUCGGGCAAUUGAUCACCUGAAAGAUGCACUCAAAUUUGAUGAUUACAAUCAAAAUCAAGCGCUCAAGAAUCUACCGAAACUUUCGUAUAUUAAUGAGAUUUGGCGAGAAGAAGGAGCGGUCUAUGUUUUAAGGCUAUUCCACGACGUGCACGAGGAUGUGGCCCAUUUGCGAGAAGAGGCGAUGAUCACCGCAUUCGGGCUCACCAAUCUCACGAAUGAUCGCCACGGGCAUCAAUUCAAACGACCUCGGGGGUACACCCGCGAGAUGUUACCCAUUCACGGGGCCUUUCUGCUUCACAAAGCUUUCCACGUUUUCGUCAACAACUUACCACAGCCAAUCCGCAAACACAACAUGCACUACGCGCCCGAGAGAUUUGAAUUUGGUCUUAAACAGGGCAAUAGU